AGGCUCCACUGCCACAGAGAGAAAACCCUUGCAGAGAAAGAGACGAGAAUGCAACAGUGCUGUGAUUUCUGCACCCAUGUCCACGAUAAGGUGAUUUAAAGUGUCGGGCUUCAGGGAUAUCGCACGUUGAAGCAUUUCUGCUCCUGAAUGCGCGGCCACUAGAAGGGAAAGAAAGACGGGGGAAAAACGGAGGAAAGCGCUGCAGCGUUACAAGUCGGGGAUCAUCACCUAAGACCUAAGAGAGUCCUCGUCUGACAGGGUCUCACCCUAAAAACCAGAAGAACGAUGUCAUCUACCAAAUUCAAGAAGGACAAGGAGAUCAUUGCGGAUUAUGAGACCCAAGUGAAAGAGAUUCGGAACCAGCUGGUGGAGCAGUUCAAAUGCUUGGAGCAGCAGUCUGAGUCUCGUAUCCAGCUGCUGCAGGACCUGCAGGAGUUCUUCCGCCGCAAAGCAGAGAUUGAGCUGGAAUACUCCCGCAGCCUAGACAAGCUGGCCGAGAGGUUCUCCUCCAAGAUCCGCAGCUCGAGGGAACACCAGCAGUUCAAGAAAGACCAACACCUGCUGUCCUCCGUAAACUGUUGGUACCUGGUGCUGAACCAGACGAGGCGAGAGAGCCGCGACCACGCCACCCUCAGCGACAUCUACACCAACAAUGUCAUCGUCCGCUUGGCCCAGAUCAGCGAGGACGUCAUCCGCCUGUUCAAGAAGAGCAAAGACAUCGGGAUCCAGAUGCACGAGGAGCUGGUGAAGGUGACGAAUGAACUCUACACUGUGAUGAAAACAUACCACAUGUACCACACUGAGAGCAUCAGUGCAGAGAGCAAGCUGAAGGAUGCUGAGAAGCAGGAGGAGAAGCAGUUCAGCAAGUCCGGCGAUCUCAACGUGAACCUCCUGCGCCACGAGGACCGCCAACCACGACGCAGCUUCGUCAGGAAAAUCGAGAAGAUGAAAGAGAAGAGGCAAGCCAAGUACUCAGAGAAUAAGCUGAAAUGCACAAAAGCCCGGAAUGACUAUUUGUUGAACCUGGCGGCAACAAAUGCAGUUGUGGCAAAAUAUUACAUCCAUGACGUCUCUGAUAUGAUCGAUUGCUGUGACCUAGGUUACCAUGCCAGCUUGGCACGCACCUUCAGGACCUACUUAUCUGCUGAGUACAACCUGGAGACAUCCCGCCACGAGGGACUGGAUAUCAUAGAGAAUGCGGUGGACAACCUGGACUCCCGCAGUGACAAGCACAAGAUCAUGGAUAUGCAUAACCAGGUGUUCUGCCCUCCAAUGCGCUUUGAGUACCUACCACACAUGGGAGACGAGGUGUGCCAGGUGAGCGCCCAACAGCCCGUCCAGACUGAACUCCUGAUGCGCUACCACCAGCUGCAAUCUCGCUUAGCUACGCUAAAGAUUGAGAACGAGGAGGUGAGAAAGACCUUGGAUGCCACCAUGCAAACGCUGCAGGACAUGCUGACAGUAGAGGACUUUGACGUGUCGGAUGCCUUCCAACACAGUCGCUCCACUGAAUCCAUUAAGUCUGUGGCCUCCGAGUCUUACAUGAGCAAGCUGAAUGUAGCCAAGAGGAGGGCCAACCAACAGGAGACUGAAAUGUUCUACUUUUCAAAAUUCAAGGAGUACCUGAAUGGCAGCAACCUCAUCAUUAAACUGCAGGCCAAGCAUGACUUACUGAAGCAGACGCUGGGUGAAGGGGAAAGGGCCGAGUGUGGAACUACAAGGCCCCCCACCCUCCCCCCUAAACCACAGAAAAUGCGGAAGCCUAGGCCUCGCUCCAUGUAUAACCAUAAGCUGUUUAACGGCAAUAUGGAGACCUUCAUCAAGGAUUCAGGUCAACCAAUCCCACUUGUCGUCGAAAGCUGUAUCAGAUACAUCAAUCUCUACGGUUUGCAGCAGCAGGGCAUAUUCCGCGUGCCAGGAUCACAGGUGGAAGUCAAUGAUAUUAAAAACUCAUUUGAGAGAGGAGAAGAUCCCCUGGUUGAUGACCAGAAUGAGCACGAUAUCAACUCGGUGGCAGGUGUGCUGAAGCUGUACUUCAGAGGACUGGAGAACCCCCUCUUCCCGAAGGAGCGCUUCCUGGACUUCAUCUCUACCAUCAAGCUGGAGUCUGGAGCUGAGAGAGCGCAUCACAUCCAGCAGAUCGUCGUAACUCUUCCUCGCACCAUCAUAAUCGUCAUGAGAUACCUUUUUGCUUUCCUCAAUCAUCUCUCCCAGUACAGUGACGAGAACAUGAUGGAUUCAUACAAUUUGGCGAUCUGCUUCGGUCCAACCCUGAUGCCCAUCCCAGACGGACAGGAUCCUGUAGCGUGCCAGGCACAUGUUAACGAAGUCAUCAAGACCAUCAUCGUCCACAAUGAACUCAUCUUUCCCAGCCAGCGCGAGCUGGACGGCCCAGUGUACGAGAAGUGCAUGACCGGAGGGGAGGAGUACUGUGACAGCCCCCACAGUGAACCAGGAACUAUUGAUGAGGCGGACAAUGGAACUGAACCACACACCAGUGAUGAAGAGGUUGAACAGAUCGAGGCCAUCGCUAAGUUUGACUACGUGGGACGCACUCCCAGGGAGCUGUCCUUCAAGAAGGGAGCCUCUCUGCUCCUGUACCACCGAGCGUCUGAAGACUGGUGGGAGGGCCGCCACAAUGGUGUGGAUGGCCUCAUCCCACAUCAGUACAUUGUAGUACAAGACCUGGAUGAUGCUUUCUCAGACAACCUCAGCCAGAAAGCAGAUAGUGAAGCGAGCAGCGGACCAUUGCUGGACGAUAAGGGUUCAUCCAAAAAUGAUGUGCCGUCACCAUGUGAACAAUCACCUGAUUACAACUUCGGAGGAGUCAUGGGAAGGGUAAGGUUACGGUCCGACGGGGCUGCAAUCCCACGCCGCCGGAGUGGCACAGACACCCACAGCCCAACCAGAGUGGCCGACACUCCGCCACGUGCUGCGGCCUGUCCCAGCAGCCCCCACAAAGUGUCCAUCAGCAAGGGUCGAAUGGAGAGCCCAGAAAAGAGGCGCCUUGGCACCUUUGGUAGUGCUGGAAGCAUCAACUACCCAGACAGGAAGGCCUAUCCUGAGGGCCACCCUCUGAGACCAGUACCAGGGGCCACCCGUCACAGCAGCCUCGGGGACCACAAGUCACUGGAAACAGAAGCUCUGGCUGAGGACAUCGAGAAGACUAUGACUACAGCGCUCCAUGAGCUACGUGAGCUGGAGAGACAGAACACCGUUAAACAGGCUCCUGACGUCGUCUUGGACACCCUGGAGCCCAUGAAGAACCCGGUUAGCUCCGAGCCCGGUAGCCCACUGCAUACCAUCAUGAUCCGUGACCCGGAUGCAGCCAUGCGUCGCAGCAGCAGCUCCACCUCUGAGAUGAUGACCACCUUCAAACCCGCUCUCUCCGCCCGGCUGGCUGGAGCUCAGCUGCGCCCGCCACCCAUGAGGCCCGUGCGCCCUCCUACCACCCAGCACCGCUCGAGCAGCUCCAGCUCUUCAGGGGUCGGCAGCCCUGCUGUAACUCCCACUGAGAAGAUGUUUCCAAGUAACAGUACAGCUGCUGGUUCUAAUAUGAAUACGUCCAGCGAUGCCGGGGAUAAGUCUGGCACCAUGUAGCGAAGGUGGAAUCUGCUAGGUGUGGAGGUUUGGAAGGCUUUCCAAAUGAGGGGAGAGCUUAGGGAAAUGGGUGCUGCUGAUGUGUGAAAAGCAGCUUUAGAUAUAUGGAAGUGUUUUCUGCCUGACUUAAUUAAUAUAUUCAGGAAGCUCCUGAAGCAAGCCUACAGUUUGUUACCAUGGUGAUAAAGCGGUGGAAGAAGCCGUAGAGGUGCGAUCGCGUAAAGCUCGACUCUCUUUGAAACUUGAUUUAGCUACACAAGAUGUGUGCAAGGAUACAUGUAUUUCAGUUUUACCUCAGUUUCAAAAGAACUCAUGUUCUCAGAUGUAAUGAAUGCAAGUGAAGCAAUACUUGUGUGAAAUUCGGUAUUAGUUUCCACCCAGCGCACGCUGUCCAGCGGAUGUUUCAGUCACGCCUGCAGACGUGUAUGAAACACCUCAUCUUGACGGGUGUGAACAUUCAGGCUAAAGUACCGCGUCUGAUUAUCCAUUUAGGUCACAGGCCUCAUGGCUGUACAUACAAACUUACUUGAAGUCGCCAUGCUUUCUGUUUGUAUUAUAAUACAGUGGAUGUUCAGCAAAGUAUCAGCUUAGUGACAUUGUACUGUAUACGUCUGCAUGCAGGGUUUGGAAAAAAAGAGAACUUGCAUCAUGGAGAGAAAUAUAACGAUGUGGGAUUUUCUCAUUUGGUCGCUAUAAGCAGAAGAUAUUAGUUUGAAACCUAAUUUUCAAAGUGACAAAGUGACACAUUGGGAUCUUACAGUGUCAUAUUUUAAAUCUGCCAUGUGUAGCUGUUGGUACUGUAGAUGUUUUACCUGAAGAUAGAAGCAUCACGGCAUGAAGACGAUCUCUGAAGUCUUAGAUAUUACUAAUGAGAACUUUGCGAGGCAAGUCAUCCUCCAGCAUCGUGUAUGGUUGGACAGUGGGCAGACCUUUUUUUUCCUAUGUCCUGUAUAUGAAAUGCAGAAAAGUAAUGCACCAACUAAUGUAGGAAUCCUGUGGUAAACAUGUACAUAAUAACAUAGCUAGUAAUUUUUUUAAGUGUUAAUCUUGUACAGGCUGAAGGGAAAAAGGCAAAGGGUUGGCUGUGAAUGGCACUUGUUAAGAUCAUAAUCCACCUUUUUACCAUCUUCAGUAAACUGCACACAUACUCCCCUGGCUGUGUACCUUGUACUGUGUGUUUAGAAUGCAUUUGGUAAUUGUACUGUGGAAACUGAUUGCUGUUUAACAGACAACAGAGGCUGAACAGAUGUUUUCUCUGUUAUGUUUUUGACGCCCAUUUUUCCUCACAGUUUGCAGAACUUGAACUCUUGCCUCUUCAAUUCGAAUCCGGGUGAUUUUUAUUAUUGCAAAAGAUGAAUUGAAAAGUACAGUUCCUCUUUCCCAUUUAAAAUGUGACACACAACCAGAGGAGCGUGAGAAGUUGUGACAUACUAAUAUCACAGCUGUUUCCUUCCUUCCUGUCUUGUUCUUAUCCCCGUUGAUAAUACAGUUCUGCUCAGACUGUAGCCUGUUCCUUUUUUCAUUGGAAGAAAACUAAAGGAGAACAUUUCAGUGUUUAUAUCUACUGUACCUCUUGUCUUUCUGACAGCUGUGGUCCAGAGACCGUGUUACCUGCAUCCCAAAGAGCCUGCUCUGUUCUGCAUGUUUUGCGCUGUAAUGUCUGACUCAUAUUCUGGGGCAGUUAAACAAUGGCUGUAUCUGGUGCCUUGCCUUGGUAAAACGCACAAAUUAAAUUACUAUUGGAUUGGUUUUUGUUUUUUUUUUCUUAA